AUAACCAAGUGGCAGACGUGUGCGAGUCGACUAUUAUCACCUUUUGAUUCCCGGUUUGCAAAUAAUAAACAAAAUAUGGGUCUCUUAUCGAUUUUGAGAAAAUUACGCUCGAAUCAGGACAAAGAACUGCGUCUGUUACUUUUAGGAUUAGACAACGCUGGGAAAACCACAAUUUUAAGAUCUUUAGCUAGCGAAGAUAUCACACAGGUCACACCGACACAAGGUUUCAACAUAAAAAGCGUACAGAGCGAGGGAUUUAAAUUGAACGUGUGGGACAUAGGUGGUGCUCGAAAAAUUCGUCCUUACUGGCGAAAUUAUUUUGAAAACACGGAUGUUCUGAUAUAUGUCGUGGACAGCGCGGAUAUAAAGAGACUAGAAGAAACGGGUCAAGAGUUAUCAGAACUGUUGCUGGAGGAGAAGCUACGAGGUGUACCGCUGUUGGUAUAUGCAAACAAACAAGAUCUUGGCCAGGCUGUAACCGCGGCUGAAAUCGCGGAAGGACUGGGAUUGCACAAUAUCAAAGAUCGCGAUUGGCAAAUACAAUCUUGCAUCGCAACCGAGGGAAAAGGAGUGAAGGAGGGCCUCGAAUGGGCGUGCAAAAAUAUCAAGAGGAAAUAAUGACGAGAUAAAGCACAGGAAAGAACUGGCCAUGAUGUGUCUUGUACAUUUAACGUACAUUUUAUUAUUUGGCUUUUAUCUAAUAUUUACAGGAGUUGUUAUACAGACGUUGCUGUUAAUAAAUCCGAUGCAAAACGCAUGCGCUCGAUCUUCUGUCGUUGGAACUUUCGUCCCACCUGGAACGAGCUCUCGUUAAGCUCGAAAUUCACGAUGUUCCUAGGAACCUCGUAACCGAACGUGCCUUUCCACACGCUCCUCGUAUAAAAUAGAAUUCUUAUAGAUCUCUUUAAAAGUAAUAAAUAUAAAAAUGGAAUAAAACGAGAUGCCGAUAAUUGUAGCUGGUUCUUUUUUCUAUUCGUUCGUAGGAGGAACAAUAUUUAUGAAAUUCCAGUGAAAAAUAAAGGUUUCUGCGAAAAUCAAAA